AGUCUACACGUUUAGCCUCAUUCUUGAUUCCUCCAAUCUCUCUGUUCGUUUCCUUCUUCUACUCCUCUGGUAAUAGGUCUGCCCCUUUGUCCUUAUCCCUCAGGAAUUGUGAGUUGAGAGAACUAUAAAAAAUUGAAUUUGCUUGUGAUUUCUCCUACGAAUGGUGGCUAUUGGGGGUGACACAUCGCCAGCGAACAAAGCAAUGAAAAAAUCGGCCAUGAAAAGCAUGAAGAGCGCUCGGGGAGUUAUGAAACAAGUUAGUAGUGAUAUUUUGCAUAUCGCCAAUAUGUUUAUGUAUUGCAUGAAGAGCUGAAUCACAGCAGAUCAACAAUUUUUCAUCAUAUGCAUUUGCUUCUAGGUGCAUGUUGGUGUUGACCUGCGUAAUUUACUAGAACUUUUACUUUGCUCCAUUGUAGUCCUUUAGACGACCUUUUCCUCUUUUUCAUUUUUGCGUUUGACCCCUGCUCCGCCACUGCCGCAGACACGUUGGCUUUCUACGGCAGCAAUGCUAGCAGCGGUCUUUCCGAGGGACAGGUGGAAGCCUUGCGUGCCGAGUACGGAACGAACGAGCUCGCGGAGGAAGAAGGCAAGAGCCUCUUCGAGUUGAUCAAGGAACAGUUCGAGGACCAACUGGUGAAAAUUCUGCUCGCCGCCGCUGGCGUUUCUUUUCUGUUGGCAUACUUUGACGACGCCAGUGCGGAGGAAGGAUGGGCCGCGUACGUCGAACCCUUGGUCAUUCUCUUGAUCCUGAUCGCCAAUGCCAUCGUCGGCGUCGCUCAGGAGAAGAAGGCGGACAACGCGCUCGAAGCCUUGAAAAAAUUGCAGCCAGAUACGGCACAUGUCUUGCGCAAUGGAGCCUGGACGAAAUUGGAAGCCUCCGAGUUGGUCCCGGGCGAUGUAGUCGAGCUGCGAACGGGGGACCGCGUGCCCGCUGACAUGCGCAUUGUGGCCUUGAAGACCACCACUUUGCGCAUAGAGCAGUCCAGUCUAACCGGAGAGUCGCAGUCGGUGGUGAAGGACGCAGACCCGGUCGUGGCUGACGAUAUCCAAGGCAAGCAUUGCAUCGUCUUCUCCUCCACCGCAGUCAGCAUUAUGGAAGGAACAAACUGAUUUGUUGUUUUGAUUACAUACGUAAUCGUAAUGGUUGAUCACGCAGUCAAUAGUUGAUCACAUACACGAUGGGACCUGUUAAAUCAAUCUAGGUCCACUCUCAAUGCAGUCUUUACGUUGGAAAAGACACGUAGAAAUGUUAGUUAUAUAUAGUAGAACUAGAUCAUACUCCUGCAUGUUGUUCUUCACAGAAGAAGUUUAUAUUCAGAUGUGACUAUUUUCUAAGAUUUUGGGCAGUUGUAUUUGCGUCGUUGUCGCUACUGGAAUGAGCACUGAGAUCGGUAAGGUGCAGAGCGCGGUGAAGGAGGCAGCGGAAGACGACGAGAAGACGCCGUUACAGCAGAAAUUGGAUGAUUUCGGCGACUUGCUCGCAAAAGUGAUCGCAGUGAUCUGUCUCAUCGUGUGGGCCAUCAACUGGAGCCACUUCUUCGACCCGGUCCACGGGUCCGUGCUCCGCGGUUGCAUCUACUACUUCAAGAUCGCUGUUGCUCUCGCAGUGGCAGCCAUUCCGGAAGGCUUGCCGGCAGUGAUCACUACGUGCUUGGCCAUGGGGACGCAGAAAAUGGCGAGACGUAUUUUCAGACUGAAGAAUUAUUUGCUCUUUGUAUAUGCAUGCUUGAACAAAUCGAUUGCCUUAACCUCAUCCACUAGAGGAAUCUCCUGAAGAUGACUGUUACAAAAGAAAUAGAAGAUCUCGUUGAAGAACACGACAUGUACUAGGUUUGUUUCGGAUCAUGUUGAAGCCUGAUGAUGACCUCUCAACUGAUAAUGAUAAGAUACUUCGUCACCAAACCUCCGAUCUUCUCGACUAGGUAAUUGCAUUGUCCGCAAGCUUCCUUCCGUCGAGACCCUUGGAUGCACCACCGUUAUCUGCAGUGAUAAGACCGGCACGCUGACGACUAACGAGAUGGUUGCGGUGCGUUUGGCCUUGCCAGUAUCGAACAGCGACGUCGACCAAUAUGAGGUCGAUGGCCACAGCUAUGCGCCAAUCGGCGACAUCGACGGAGGAAGAUUCACCGUUACUCCCGCAGCAGAGGCUUUCGCACGAUGCGGUGCUCUCUGCAACGAGAGUCGGAUCGAUGUCAACGAAGAAGGCCGAUUUAUCCGAACAGGAGAGCCGACAGAAGCAGCGAUCAGGGUACAUUGUGACUGUACGAAUUAAAGGAGACGAUGACUUGUCCUGCUAGAAACAGAGAAAGCAGCUGCUGGUAAUAUGGCAUUUUUUAAACGCGGCAAAGAGAACAUUAACAUUAUUUAUCACAACUAGGUCCUCGUGGAGAAGAUGGGAUGCCGCGAUGCACGACUACAGAAGGCAUUGUGUCAAAAGAAAAACAGGAGCCCACAGGAAGCACAGGGAUUCUCCGACUUCUAUGCGUCCAAAGUUCAGAAGGUUGCGACUCUGGAAUUCACUCGCGAUCGAAAGUCUAUGAGCGUCAUGUGCAGACCAGUGGUACUUACAACUUUUGUAAAGAUCAUCAUCUUUUGUUGCUGGGCUUGCCAUUGGAGUUCAACAAGAUGUUGAGAGCGACGUGUACAAUAAAAUUAGGGAAGUUUUAGGACGAGUACGUGAUUAAAGAAUGUAAUUUUAUGAGUGGUGCAUCUUCCUCGUAAGAUCUUCUCAAUAAUCUGGAUCAGAAUAAGUAAGUAGCUUCUUUCAAAAAAAACACAGGGCGCAUCUUCCAAUGCGUUGUUCGCCAAGGGAGCCCCCGAGGGCAUCUUAGAGCGAUGCAAUACGGUGAUGCUUCCAGACGGAAGUGUAGCGAAUUUGACGCAGACGAUGCGUAAGAAAAUUCAAAAAGCAGUAGAGCGACUGGCCGGUGACGCGCUCCGCACACUCGCAAUGGCCGAAAAAACUAGUCUGCCAGCACCCUACGCAAACUACGACGGAUCUACGAGCCACCCCGCCCACAAGAAAAUAAACCCAGACAACUUUGUCUCAAUAGAAACGGACAUGUGCUUCCUUGGUAAAGAUAAUCGCGAUGAACAAUAUUUGCACAUCUUUCCACCGACUGAAUUUUACAGAAGAAACAGACGCUGAGUUCGAAAUCAAACUUCUCGUCUACUCUAGGCGAAGUUUAAUGUCCUUAAAUGCUUGAAUGCUACACUGAUUAGGUCUUGUCGGCAUCCACGACCCUCCUCGACCGGAGUGCAGAGGCGCCAUCGAGGAAUGCCGGACGGCUGGCAUUUCCGUCAUUAUGAUUACUGGAGACAACCAAUUGACGGCUGAGGCGAUCGCGACGAACUUGGGCAUUUUGCAACCGGAGGACGACUUGUCGCAGAAAUCUUUCACCGGCGCCGAUUUCGGUUCCAUGUCGGAGACGCAGCGCGUGAAGGUUUUGGCGAACAUGAUUUCGGGCCGACGCGGGGGCGGUGUCUUCAGUCGCACGGAGCCGCGCGAUAAGCAAGCGAUUGUCAAGAUCCUGUCUCAGUUGGGAGAAAUUACAGCGAUGACGGGAGAUGGCGUCAACGACGCACCGGCACUGAAGCAGGCAUCGAUCGGGGUAGCGAUGGGCAUCGCAGGAACAGAGGUCGCAAAAGAAGCCAGCGACAUGGUCUUGGCGGAUGAUAAUUUCUCAACCAUUGUGCACGCAGUAGAGGAGGGACGCAGCAUCUACAACAACAUGAAAGCGUUUAUUCGGUACUUCCUAUGAUUAUCCAGAUGAAAUCAUUGCCGAUAAAAAGAUUCAAUCGAAUGUUGUAAUUAUUGGCGAGUGAGUCGACUUUGUCAAAGCUAUUUAAUAACUACGAAAUACGCGACCGUGUCUUGGAUCACUUAGAGUUCAAAGUACUUUAGAAAUACAACCUCAACAUUUCUUUAACCAAAGGUACUUGAUUUCAUCGAACAUCGGAGAGGUUGCAUCAAUUUUCUUCACUGCGGCACUCGGAAUUCCGGAGGGGCUUAUUCCUGUGCAGCUCUUGUGGGUCAAUCUUGUCACCGACGGUCCGCCAGCGACGGCUCUCGGAUUUAACCCACCCGACGUCGAUGCUAUGCGAAAGCCUCCACGACGAAGGGAUGACAUGCUCAUCUCAGGCUGGGUCUUCUUCAGGUAUAAUUACGUUCUCUUUGUACUACAGCAGUCGAAGAAGUUUUUUUCGUAGCUCUUGAGAGUCAAUCCAUUCUAUCCAUUAUAUCUAGGUACAUGGUUAUCCCCUUCAUGCAUUACAUCCAGGUACAUGGUGAUUGGCAUCUACGUGGGCUUCGCAACGGUGGGAAUCUUCGUCUAUUACUACACCUUGGAUACUCUCGCGCCUGACCAACAUACCUUGGUUACGUUUGAGCAGCUGACAAAUUGGGGAAAGUGCGCCAGUGGAGAGGGCAUUUGGAAAGGAUUCACCGCUAAGAGCGUUGAUGGCGUGGAUCUUUACUCAAGUAUUGCGUUUAUGUUUUGGGAUUGAAAUGAGCUAACCAUUCUUGGAUUAUGAGAACUAGUUUUCUGUUGUGAAUUGAGAUCAAAUUUGCAUGAGGCUGAAUGCUGAUAGAAAUCGUGUGAAAACAUUAUGCCUUCAUUGUCACUACCCGCUUUCCAACUGCACAGAUCCUUGCGACUACUUCCAGAAGGGAAAGCUGAAAGCGUCUACGCUGAGUCUGAGCGUCCUUGUUGUUAUUGAGAUGUUGAACGCAUUGAACGCUUUGUCGGAGGACGGCUCCUUGCUCCAGAUGCCUCCAUGGAAGAACCCGGUUUUGAUCCUCGCUGUAAUUGGCGCCACUGGUAUUCACAUGAUUAUCCUAUACAUCCGACAACUGAACCCGAUCUUCUCUGUGGUGCCUUUGGAUAAGCACGACUGGAUGCUGGUGUUGGCCUUCUCGUUUCCCGUUAUCCUGAUCGACGAGGUGCUCAAGCUCUUCGGACGCCUGACUGCUGAAACCACGCGCAGCAAAGUUGUGGAUACCAAAAAACUACAGUAAAGGAAGUAGCCUCCACCAGAAUGAAGAUACUUCUCUACGGACGGAGAUGGAGAUCGAAAGAAGACUACGCACAUCUACAUCAGUACUAGACAACUGAUAGUAUAAGAGAAGAUGAACUAGUACAAGAACCAGAACAAGGAACACUUUCUUCUAAGUAGUUGGAAUGAUGAGUGGCGGAGGUGGCCGUCAAGAUGACGAGCUUAGUAAUAGAAGUACUCUCGCAGCGAUGGAUCGGACAAGAUACGAUGAAUCCCUAGCAGUGAAGGAUUUGCGGUCAAGCUGUGACGCCAACAUCUGCGAUUUUUGCUGUCUAAGGGGAACGGUUUCUUUUCAUCGUAUGCGAUGUCGCGAAAUUGGUUGUAGAAAUGCUUCGACUAUAACAUGACAGAAAAAUGCAAAUGAGUCCUUUUGUUCCAUGUCGUAAUCAGUAUACCAUAAGUCCUUAGAAUCUAAGAUGUCAUAUCAGGAUCUUGAAGCGCGCAGCUGGGGGCGUGUUCUUACAGGAGGUGCCGCUUCAUUCAUAAGAUGUACGUGCUUGAGCUACAAUCGUCGUAAGUUCCGUCGAAAGAAAACCCGCUCCCAAUAGUACUACGAACCUCCUUAUGCAUUGACCUUCGUCUCAGACUUUGCACGAUUCUUUUUGGUAAUUUGAUGGGGUCACCGCUUAAACUAGAAUUACACAGGAGCCUAUCGAUUUACAUCGCACUUCAAUCCACGACAGGCACGAUGAAAAUGAAUACUGUUACAUAGUUCUUAAGUAUUGGGGGUAGGUUACUUCCCGCAGGUUAAUGUGGCCGCUAUGAUAUGAGCCAAAGCAUCUUGAUGUUGAAGGAAAGCAUGCAGAAACUGAUCGACUUCUAGCCUUCCCACAAGCUCGCGGGAUCUUGCCGAUCCUGGGCAAAAAAACCCAAAGAAAAGACUCAAUCGUGUGCCUCGUGUAAAAACUCACACCUCCUUUCAUUCUCUUUUUAUUGUUAUAUAACCGAGAAGACUUUGAAUUGAGAUCUGAUGUAAAAAACAACCGCUACUAUUACGUACGUUAGAAGAC